CCUGUCCAUCAACUUGUCUUGCUGCAAGUAUGAAAGUGUGCGGCGUGCAGCUCGGCGUUGCGGCCUCAAAGAAGUAGGCGAAGAUGAGGAGUGGACAGUGUACUGGACUGACUGCUCCGUCUCACUGGAGCGUGUCAUGGACAUGAAGAGGUUCCAGAAGAUCAACCAUUUCCCAGGCAUGGCCGAGAUCUGCCGCAAAGACCUCCUGGCCCGCAACCUCAACCGCAUGCUCAAGCUCUUCCCCAAGGAGUACUGUAUCUUCCCUCGCACCUGGUGCUUGCCCGCAGACUACGGGGACUUCCAAGCCUAUGGGCGAAUGCGGAAGAACAGGACAUACAUCUGCAAGCCAGACAGCGGCUGCCAAGGGCGGGGCAUCUUCAUGACACGCAACCCCAAGGAGAUCAAGCACGGCGAGCACAUGAUCUGCCAGCAGUACAUCAACAAGCCCUUCCUCAUUGACGGCUUCAAGUUUGACAUGCGCAUCUACGUUCUGGUCACUUCCUGUGACCCGCUGAAAAUUUUUAUUUAUGAGGAGGGGCUGGCCCGCUUUGCCACCAUGAGGUACAUCGAGCCCAGCAGCAGCAACCUGGAUGACAUCUGCAUGCACCUGACCAACUACGCCAUCAACAAGCACAAUGAGAACUUUGUUCGGGAUGAGAACACAGGCAGUAAGAGGAAGCUGUCCACGCUGAAGGCCUGGAUGCGGGAGCACGGCUACGACACGGCCGAGUUGUGGCAUGACAUCGAAGACAUCAUCAUCAAGACCCUGAUUGCUGCCCACCCGGUGCUGAAGCACAACUACCGCACCUGCUUCCCCAACCACAUCUCGGGCUGCGCCUGCUUCGAGAUCCUCGGCUUCGAUAUCCUCUUGGACAGGAAGCUUAAGCCCUGGCUCUUGGAGGUCAACCACUCUCCCAGCUUCACCACCGACUCCCGGCUGGACCGAGAAGUGAAAGACGCCCUGCUCUGCGAUGCCAUCAAUCUGGUCAACUUGCGGGCUUGUGACAAGAAGAAGGUCCUGGAGGAGGAGAAGAGGCGGGUCAAGGAGCGCCUGCUCCAAGCUCACCAGCCUCCGCGGGAAGCCAGACGCGAACAGCUGGAGAGCAGCCAGGCUGCCUGGCUGGCCCAGGCAGAAAAGUAUGAGGACAGCCACCUGGGGGGCUACCGACGCAUCUUCCCAGCACGUGGCACGGAGAAGUACACACCUUUCUUCAAGCACAGCGGAUCCCUCUUCCAGGAGACAGUGGCCUCCAAGGCCAGGGAAGAAUGCGCCAGGCAACAGCUGGAGGAGAUCCGCCAGAAGCAAGAGCAGAAGGACAGCCCAGCUGGGAAGAAGAAAAGGGAGGCGAAGGAGACCCUGCAAGGCGAAUCUGCUGGGGAGAAGCCCCACGAGAAGGGCAGGGCAAAGCCUGCUCUCUCGCGGGUGGCUGGCAGCCACAGCAAGACCUGGAACCCAAAGAUGUCCUCUUUGCCGUAUGACAUCAUGACUCCCCAACCGAUCGUGGAGGAAGAGGAAGUGGAGAGGGUGAAAGCCCUUUUGCGGCGUGAGAACCUCAUCCGGGGUCUGGGCAUCGUCGAACAGCUGACCCGCCUGCUCCGGAACGCAGAACCCCCGCCCAUGGAGCUCCAGAAGCCCCACAUCAAGAUCUCUGAAAUCCAGCCUCACUUUCUGCAGGAGCACUUCAGCAGCCGGGACCCGCAGCCCCUGAUGACCCUCAUCCCCCUCUCCUUCCAAGAGCUGGGGAAGCAGAUCAUGCAGCCGCCACCCCUGGAGCGGGUCCAGCUGCUGGGCAACCAAGGCUUCAUCCCCACCCUCCUCAGUGCCCUGUCUGGCCCGGAGGCCUCCUACACCUCCCACUACAAGCCGCAGCUCCACCUCCAGCACCCCAAGAACAUGAGCUGGCUGGGCACGGCCAUGGGGGGUGAGCCCUGCACUGUGGCCCGCAUGCUGAAGGUGGGGGGCCGGCGGUUCACCAGUGCCAAGAACAAGGCUGAAGGCAGCAGCCCGGCCAGCAGGAGGCCGCUGUACCUGAGCGCGGGCUCGCUGAGCUGCCUCUCUCAGGCCGGCAGAGCCCCCGCCGGCCACUUGUACAGCACCUUCCCCUUCCCGUCCGGCUCGGCCCCCUUCAACCGCACCGAUGCACUCGGCCUGGCCAUCAACUCUGCCUCAGCCCCACUCCUCCGGCGCACCACCCCGCUCCGCUCCAGCCACACGGCCGCGCUGAACCUCAGCCAGCCCAGGUAA